AGAUUAAUCAUUUGCGUGUCCACAAACAAAAAAUAUAAUGUGUCAAUAAGUGUAGUAUAAUGUGAAACAACCAUGUUUAACUGAAAUUAACAACGGUGAUAGUACUAAGCCAUAAAAUAUCCAUCAAUUACCAAGACUUUGACAUGAAGUACGUCUUCGAUUUGAUGAAAUCCAGCCAAAGAUUGGCUAUAAUACCAAAUUUUGACAAAAACAAAGGAGAAAUAAAAAAAUCACAAUACUAUUCGAUUGUUGUAAUCAUGUUUUUCGUCACUGGUGGAGCUUUUUCUUUAUACGGAAUUAUUGUAUAUUUUUAUCCUCGAUUUCGUAACACAACUACAGUUCUAAGAUUACUUUGUGUUAUAGAACUUUCGAUCAUGAACAUCGUAACUGUCUUAGUUGCUACUUUCAAUACCAAUGUUUGGAGUAAGUUUCUGAAACUACUGAUGCAUUUGGACGAGAAGUUGAAUGAAGGUGGAUACUUCGGAAGCAAGAAAAACAGCUGGUUGGAAUUGGAGACAACGCUGUAUCACGCCUUCAUUUUUAUUAUCUUCGGUUACGAUGCCUAUGUGUGGUGCUUCAACUACAACUGGUUCAUUUUUCGCUUUUCUGUAUUUAAAUAUGUCAACUUUUACCAUUGCAUUAUCACAUUGCUUGUUGUAUCUCACUUUGCUUCUGCAUUGGCCGAGCGAUCUAAGACAAUCAACAAACUUCUUGUCAAAUCAAGUUUACACAGCACAGCACAUAAUUUUAUUGUUAGUCAUCGGUCGAGCAACAUAAAGAGUGUCAAAGAUAUUACAUACUACUACCUACUUCUCUCAGAGUUGAUAGAAAAGUUCAAUACAUUAUUUGGUUGGCAAAUCUUUUUAGCUACUGAGAAUAUAUUCAUGCUUCUUCUGGACGUCUCGAACAGCCUGAUGCUCGCCACAGAUCGUACUCAAAAGUUUUCUGAAACCAAUAAUAAUUUCAAGACAAUAUUUUGCCUCACAUCGAUAUCCAUUCUGAUAAUAAUGUUUCAUUCGAGAAUUAUUCUUCACUGCGAAGACGUCAACAAAGAAUCAAAAAAAACAUUAACGAAAUGUUACAAUUUACAACAAACUGUAAGUCCAGAUUCAGAAGAUAGGAAGGAACUUAUUAUCCUGGGAGAAAUAGUUACUCUUUUGAAAACUCGAACCAACGCUGCUGGUUUCUACUAUAUAGAUCGGGGGAUAAUUAGUAAGAUAUUCGACUAUUUAUUUUCCUUUUCCAUAUUCAUGAUGCAGUUCAAUAAGCAGUCCAUUUCCAAGGAGCAAAGUCCCUAAAUUUAUUUUUGGAAUAAUCAACCCAUGUUAAUUUACUUAAUAAAACUUAUUUGAUUAUA